AUGAUGGCGACCAACGAAACAACGCAACAGAUACUCACAAAAUGUUCACGUUUGAAAAUUCGUGAUUAUAAAAAAAAUUCAAUUAAUGAAUUAGAAAAGCUUGUUUCGAAAUUAGAAGAUGGAAAAUCCGGUUUUCAUCAUUCGUUGCAACCUUUAAUUCGUAUUAUUCAAACAAUUAUUUCUUCUAUCGAUCGAACAACACUAUGGAAAUCAAAAGGAAAAGGAUGCGAACAACAACAGCAACUUGCUCAAAUGGCGUGCCGAUUAUUCAAAUGUUUAUGUCAAAUAGAUGCCGAAUGUGCAGCAAGUGAUGAAAGUAGAACGAUUAUAGAUUCAAUGCUUCAAUGGCUUCGAGACGAUACUGAUUUUCAUGUAACAAAAUCGACUAGUCAAGAUUUACAUUUAACAAUUUUCUCAUGUAUUGAACAUUAUUCUCUCAUAUGUAAAAAUCAAGAAGAUUUUCUUAAUGAAUUAUUUUCGACAUCAACGAAAAAUAAAAUAAACUCAUCCUCCAGCAAAUCUUGCUUUAGUUUUCACCAUCAUCAUCGAAAAAACGCAUCACAUGAAUCAUUAUCAAUUAUUGAUUAUAGUUCUCGACUUGUUAUUUAUCUUCUUCAAUCUUCAUUGGUUAGUUCGUCACUAUUAAUUAAUCAAAUUUUAUCAAUUUUUUUAAUAUAUGCUCCUAUUUCACGUUUUUCAAUUUAUCUUGUUAAUCAUACUGAUUUUUAUCAUUCAAGUAUGGCUCCAUAUUUAGCAACGAAAGACAGUGAUUAUUUUAUACAAUGCAUCAUAGAUGAAACAGCUCGAUCACAAACAGAUACAAAUGAUCGCGUUUUUGUUUUUACACAUAUGAUCAAUUUACUUAGUGAAUUUGUUCUUCAUUCUGAUAUUGAAGUUCAAAGUUCCUUAUUUGUUCCUACCUUUAAGCAUCUAUUCGAUUCACUUGUCGAUUGUGGAACAACAGUUCCAUUGUGGUAUCUUGUUAAGUGUUUAAGUAAUUUACUAACAAGUUCUAGUAAAGAAACAAAUGUUUUCGUACAAGAAAUGAAUCGUAUUGGUCUGAUAAAUUCUAUAACAAACUAUACCAUUACUCUUAUACAAAAAUCUACACUUGGCGAAGGCAAAAUGAUUUUAAAACAGUUGCAUCAUAAUGUUUUAAUAUCAUGUCUAUCGAUUCUCUACAAUAUAUUAACAUUAGACGAACAAGUAUUGAAUAAAGAUUUAGUUAUUAAUAAAAUAUGUCGGCUACUAUUUAAAUCUGAUAUUCAACAAGUACGUCUUAUGUCCUGUGUACUUUAUUCAAAUAUAUUAACACAAACAGAACUUGAAUCCGAUGACUCAUGCCAUCAUCUAUGUGAACCAUUAUUUUCCUCGAUUGACCAAGCAUUCCAAAGUUCGAAUUAUUAUUUAUCGAAUCAAAUAUCUUUAUUUACGUUGGUAAAUUGUUUAAAAAAUCUAUGUACACACAAGCAAUUUCAAAUACGCAUUGGAAAACAAAAUGAAAAUAUUGAAUUAUUAUUUCGAAUACUUCGUCAAUUCAAUUCAUCUGUUGAACAACAAGAAGAAAUUCAAAUUAUACUUGAAUCAAUUUGGUUUUGUUCAUUUGAAUAUUCAUGUGCCAAACAAAUUCAUAGUCACGAUAAAUAUUUUGCUCAACUAGUUCAAUUGGCUGAAACGAAUCCGAAUGAAAGAAUUCAGCAAGCAGCCAAAGGAAUACUUUGGCAAUUAAAACAAACGAUAUCAAUUCCUAAUGCACCGAGUACAUCAGUUACUGCAGAAUCUUCUCAGCACAUUAUGCUCAGUUAUAAUCAUGAUUCAAAAGAUUUAGUCAAUAAAAUUUGUCAAUAUCUUCAAAAUUCAGGCUAUCGAACUUGGAUGGAUAUCGAUAAUAUGCAUGGAAGUACAUUGGAUUGUAUGGCGCAUGCUAUCGAACAAGCAAGUGUGAUAAUAGUAUGUAUGUCGGAAAAAUAUAAGCAAUCGCCGAAUUGUCAAAGUGAAGCAGAAUAUGCUUAUCGCUUGAAAAAACCUAUUCUACCAGUAUUAUUACAGUCGAAAUAUAAGCCAGAUGGGUGGCUGGGUAUUAUUCUUGGUACGAAAUUAUAUACUGAUUUUACUAAAAAUGAUUUUGAUUCGAAUUAUAAGAAACUAGUCAAAGAAAUUGAAGCAACAAAAAAUUAG